AUGGCCAAAACCAGCAGCGCUCGAGUGAAGGCGGCGGGCGCGGAACCGCCGGCAACUCUCAGGCGCAGUGCGAGGAACGCGAGCAAGAAAGAAGAGGAAGAAGAUGUGGAGUCUACCAAACGAGAAGACUUGCCCACAAGAUCGCGAGGACCCGCCGCCGCCGCCGCCGCCACCGCCCCACCAUCCCGGCGGAGUAAGAGGGCACGCACCAUCAAGGGGGACGAGAGCGAGGCCGAGGCCGAGGCUGCCGAGCGUCGGCCUAGAAAGGUCGCGAAGAAGGAGGAGGAAGAGGAGCCCAGCCCGCAGCAAGCAAGCGGACCGGCCCGAGGGAGCCGAGGCAAACAAAAAGCCGCCGGCGGCGAGGACAAGGCAGCGACCCUGCGCGCGAAGAAGCUCAAGUCGUACGCGCGCUUCGCCAACGAGUCGCCGUACCCGGACUUCGCGCGGCCGACGGCGGCAGAGUGCGAGCGGGCGCACGCGGUGCUAGUAUCGAUCCACGGGGCGCGGGUACGGCCGGCAGGGGCGGCGGCGGCGCCGACAGACCGCGCCGGGUGCGGCGAGUCGCCGUCGGUGCUGGACGCGCUGGUGCGCACGAUCCUGUCGCAGAACACGAGCAACAGCAACAGCGCGCGCGCGAAGCUGGAUAUGGACGAGGUGUACGGGCCCGGCGGCGGGGACGAGUCGGCGGAGCAGGCGCGGUGGCGGGCGGUGGCGGAGGGCGGAGCGGCGAAGCUGGAGCGGGCGAUCGCGCGGGGCGGGCUGGGCGGGGUCAAGAGCCGGGCGAUCGUCGACAUCCUGCGGCAGGUGGAGGCGCGGUACGGGACGUACUCGCUGGACCACCUGCUGCAGCGGGCGGUGGGGGCGGGGGUGGGGGCGGAGGACUACGACGACGAGGCGGCGAUGCGCGAGCUGAUCUCGUUCCGCGGCGUCGGGCCCAAGACGGCGAGCUGCGUGCUGCUGUUCUGCGCGGGGCGCGACAGCUUCGCCGUCGACACCCACGUCCACCGCAUCACGGGCCAGCUCGGCUGGCGCCCGGCCGGCGCGUCCCGCGACGAGGCCUUCGCUCACCUCGACGCCCGCGUCCCGCCCCGCCUCAAGUACGCGCUCCACGUGCUGCUCGUCGAGCACGGCCGCGCCUGCGACGAGUGCCGCGCUGGUGGCCGGAGCCGCGGCCGCUGCGCGCUGCGGAGGGCGUUCCCCGGGGGAAGGAUGGCGGCGGAGGGGGAGGUGAGGACGGAGGAGGAAGAGGAGAAGGCAGAGAAGGACGAAAAGGAGGGGGACGGAUAUGAGGAGGCGAUAGAAGGAAAAGGAGAGGGCGAAGAAGAUGACAAGGUGGUGAAGAGCGAAGAUAGGGAUAAGGGCGGGGAGCAAGACGCGGUAGAGGAGGAGGAGACGGGAAAUGCAAAGAUUAUGAAGGAGGAGACGGAGGAUGUUCGGAUGAUGGAACAGGAAGCUCGGGUGAUCAAGAGGGAAGACGGAGAUGCGGCUAAAAAGAAAGAGAACGAUAGCGACCGGGAAGAGGACAGGAAGUUCAAGGAAGAAACUGAGGGCACAGACUGCAAAAAGGAAGAGGAGGAGCGUGUGAAAGCAGAGGCGUGA